AGCAGGGCCUUGUUCCCACCCGCCCUAACCCAGCGAAAAUCAUUGGCUCGAGUUGCCCCGACUCGACUCGCGGGUAGUUAGUAGGCGGGCAGGCGUGGGCCAACGUGGGCGCAUGGGGCAAUUGCGCAACCAACACGAGGUACUCCCGCAAGAAUAAGCGCGCAGGCAUGAAGUGGUGGAGCCGGGCAUGGAUUGCUGGCCUGGUUUUCUCGUCAAGGACUGCCCAACUCGGGAGCAGGAAACCGGUUGACGUUGGCCAGCUUUGGAAAACCAAGUUGUGGCUGAUCGAGCCGGAUCGGGAAGGCGAGCCACAGCUGCCUGGCAAGCGGUUGCAUCACCUCACUCAUAAAACUUGGACAUCUUUUGAUGGAUUAUAUUGUCCCGCGGAAUGUGCGGCGUUUCUUACGUCAAGGUUGUGGUUGAUGGCGACGAGAACGGAGAUGCGCCCGUAUUCGAUCGGAGAUGACGCAGGCCGGGCGUGUGUCGCGCAUAGAUGAAUCGUUCGCACGCUUUUCCCGACUGUGGCGCUGGGAUUUACGGCACGCAUGAGGGAGGUGGGAAGUUGGCCACGCCUGCUCCACCGGCAGCAUCACACCUUGGCUUCCCUCAUCCUGGUCCUCCCUUGCAAGCGAUGGAG